UGCCAUUCACAUUUUGCUUUCACUCGCUCAAAUCAGUCAGUCCGAAAAUCAGGCUCGGUGCGUCCGAGCUGCUGCCUUGAAUUGUCGCGACGUUGGCGUGUGUUUUUUUAUUCGCCGGCACUUUGUGUGGAGCUCCUCUGCGGGGAGAGGCUGUACAAUCCUCGGCAGUGUUCUGAGACUGUACGGCCCUGGUUCCCCAAGAGAAGUGACCGACGACCAUCCGUCGCGCUCGGAGCCGACUCACCUUCAACUCUUGGAGUGGACUAAAGUCGACACGCACUUUGAAAUAUCUUUUACCUUCAGGGUGUUCUUUUAAUUUUUAUUUUUUGCUCGUUUUUUGUUUGGUUGGACACUUUUGCGGACUUGGUGAAAAGAUGACAGCCGACAAGGAGAAAAAGAGGAACAGCUCGGAGCGGCGUAAGGAGAAGUCUCGCGACGCCGCUCGCUCUCGCCGCAGUAAAGAAACGGAAGUUUUCUACCAGCUGGCUCACCAGCUCCCGCUGCCGCACAACGUCAGCGCUCACCUGGACAAAGCCUCCAUCAUGAGGCUGGCCAUCAGCUUCCUGCGCACGCAACGACUCUUCGACGCAGGCUGCAAGGGCAGCGAUGACGAGGAAAUGAGCAGCUUAUACCUGAAGUCUCUGGAGGGUUUCAUCACCGUGGUAACAUCGGAUGGUGACAUGAUCUUCCUGUCCGAGAACAUCAACAAGUUCGUGGGCCUCACACAGGUGGAGCUGACCGGCCAAAGCAUCUUUGACUUUACGCACCCGUGUGACCACGACGAGAUCCGAGAGAACCUCAGCCUGAAGACAACCACCAACAGCUUCGGGAAGAAGAGCAAAGAGCAGAGCACCAAGCGGGAUUUCUUCAUGCGGAUGAAAUGCACGGUGACCAGCAGGGGGCGCACCGUCAACCUCAAGUCGGCGAGCUGGAAAGUGCUGCACUGCACGGGCCAGCUGAGGACGUACGCCAGCCGCCCGGCGUGCGGCCUCGAGGACCCGGCGCUCACGUGCGCCGUUCUCAUGUGCCAGCCCGUCCCGCACCCGGCCAACAUCGAGGCGCCGCUCGACAGCAGGACCUUCCUGAGCCGACACAGCAUGGACAUGAAGUUCACCUACUGCGACGAAAGGGUGACGGAGUUGAUGGGUUACACUCCCGAUGAUCUGCUGGGUCGCUCGGUCUACGACUUCUAUCACGCUCUGGACUGGGACAGUGUCACCAAGAGCCACCACAACUUGUGCAGCAAAGGCCAAGUCGUGAGCGGUCAGUACCGCAUGCUAGCGAAGAGCGGCGGCUUCGUGUGGGUGGAGACGCAAGGCACCGUCAUCUACAACGGCCGAAACUCGCAGCCGCAAUGUAUCGUCUGCAUCAACUACGUGCUCAGCGAUAUCGAGGAAAAGAGCACCAUCUUCUCCCUGGAGCAAACGGAGUCGCUGUUCAAGCCCCGGCAGGCCGGCGCGUUCUUUGCCGGGGAGAGCGGCGGCGAGGCGCUCUUCAGCAAACUCAAAGAGGAACCCGAGGACCUGGCCCAGCUGGCGCCCACGCCGGGGGACACCAUCAUCAGCCUCGAUUUCGGCCGCCCUCAUUUCGAGGAGCCGUCCCGGCAUCCGGCGGUGGCGUGCGCUCAGCGGCCCGCCGCCCCCUCCCUGCCCGUCCCGGCGACUCCGUCCUGGGCCGGCGAAAGCCUCGGGAGCGCGCCGCUACCAUCGGCCGGCGACGCGGCUAGCGUGGGCGCCGCCGCCUUCGCAGCCCGGCAGAAGCCGCCUCCCUGCAGCGUCACCCCCAGCCUGAGCAGCUGCUCCACGCCGAGCAGCCCCGGCGACUACUACCGCACCACCAGCGGAGACCUGAAGGUGGAGCUGAUGGAGAGGCUCUUGGCUCUGGACACCGAGGGGGACGGUCCCGGAAACGCUGAGCGGGACUUGAGCGACUAUGACCUGGAGACGCUGGCUCCGUACAUCCCCAUGGACGGAGAAGACUACCAGCUCAACCCCAUCAUCCCCGACGCCGAGCCCCUGGACGGCGGCGCCGUGGUGGGCGCGAGCGGCGGCACCGUUAGCGGCGCGCUUCCUCCCUCCCAGCGGCGCAGUUUCAGCAACAUCGCCGGCCUCUUCCAGCCGCUCUCCCCGCCCCCGCAUCAGCAAGGCCGCUACCGUCCGCCGCCCUCCGUCGCGGCUCCCGCCUGGGCUCCGAACGAGGAGCGAACCCCGGGGCCCCAGGGGGGGGCUCUGGACCCGAGGACCGGGGCGUACGCGAUGGGGCGGGUGCGGAACCCGCCCUAUCAAGCCCCUGCCGGCAUUCCGCUAUCGUCAAUGGGGGGCAUUCAGAACCUGCAGAGGCCCCCGGACCCUCUGCUAGCAUAUCGGCAACAAGCAGCCAACGAGGCCUACCGCGCGGCGCCCGAGCGGCGGCCGUUCUGCCAGCGCAACCCGCUGCACGUCAUGCACAAAGAAAGGUGCUUUGAGGAUUUUGUCCACGAUUACCGAGACAUCAAUCCAGCCAACAACAUCAAGCGCUCCUUCAGUCAGAUGUCGGGCGAAGUCAAGACAUCAGGAAGCAUGUGGAAGAAGAUGAGGGGCGACAUGGACAGCGGCGCCGGAUCGCUGCCUGAGCUGGCGAUGUUGCCGGGCAACAGGACUUCUUCGCGUUUGAACAUAUUGCAGCAACAUCGGAAGUUGGAGUAUCCGGGCAACAUGAUAGGUGUGGCCAGUCGCUUGCUGGGCCCGUCGGCGGAACGCAGCUUCCUGCCCGAGUUGACCCGCUACGACUGCGAGGUCAACGUGCCGCUGCAGGGCAACCUGCACCUGCUCCAAGGCUGCGACCUGCUCCGGGCCUUGGACCAAGCCUCCUAGAACGAGGCCUAGCGGGGCCUUCCCGUCGCCUCCCAUGCUAUGCUAACUCAUGAGCACAUUUGGCCUUAUUUAGUUGUCGGGAUGGGUCGCCGCCGUUGUCGUCGUUGUUGUUGUUGUUCUGGCGCAGGGGGCCCCCAACUCGGGACCUCGAUCGCCGCUUUGCUGCGUGUUUUCCGCGUCUCCCUUGCCGCAAACACAGCUGACUGAAGUGAGCGGAGUCGUUAGCAGGCUAGCCGCAGAGCUUUCAAUCGGAUGUGUUGCAGCCGGGAGACGUGGGAAAUCUGACGGAAAGCGUCCCCCGGGGACCCGAGUUGGAGACCCCCGGUCCUCGCGAGAUUCACAUGGGCACAUAAAGCUGCCUUUCACCAUUCCGUCCUCAUUCUUGGACUUAAACGUCACCUUCGCGGCACUCGAUUUGUGGCUAAUGCUAAUGCUAAUGCCACACACACACACACACCUAUGCACAGAAUUCUUCAAUUAUGGACCAAAAUUUUGGUGAAAAAAAUUGGCAGGCAAGGCCACCUCUGAAAAGCCAUUUGUGCUGAAAACCAUAUUUGGACCAUUUUGAGCCAAAAUGCCAACGCAGGGGGGGGGGCCUUUAAACUCGGACUGUCCCAUUUUUCAAAGCCAGGACGUCAUUUCAAAAAUGCGGAAACAAAAAGUGAUUGGGAAUCAGUUGCCGAUUUGGUCUGCAGCGUUCAAGAGAAAAUCAAUCGACAAAAAAUAUUGAUCGAGCGCCGAUGUUUGCGAAUGUUACGUUUUGAUCAAACCCAAAUGGUGGCAUUCUUGCCUCGUCGUGUUAUAAAAUUUCCGCAAGCUGCCAGAAUUUGGAUCCAUUCAAAUUGUUGUGCCUCUACUUGAU